AUGUUUUUGAAGGCUAUUUUCCAUUCGCUGAUGGCAUUCUUUUAAUAUAAGUAAUGGAUUCCAAAGGAUCUUAUUUAAACAUUGAGAAAAAAUUAAAUAUAAAAAAACUGUCCUUAAUUGUUCUUAGAUAAAUUUAUAUAAAUUUAAUGUAAAAUAACAAGUUUCAUUAUUGCUAUUGAAUCAUCAGGAUUAAAAAAUAGUGUAUUAAUUUAUCCAAAUAAUUAUAUCUAAACAUAAAACCUUUUUGGAAAAUGA